UUAUCAUAAAUAAUAACAAAUAUUAUUUUAAAUAAAAUAAUAAACAUUACAUAGCUGUUAUUUUAUAAAUAAGAAGUGAGUACCGGGAAUUAUAUUUGGAACUUGCUUAAGUUACUGUGUACUUUUACUGGCAAAUCGCAAUGUUUUAAAACUCACUCUAACGGUAUAUGGUACCCAUUCUUAAUUUUGUUUAUUUAAUCUCCAAAAAACGAAAAAAUGGCCUUAGUUGAAAAGGAAACUACAGAGAUUCAUGAAUACCAUGCAAUAUUUACAAAAUUGAAAAAGCUUCAUGACAUAUCUAAGACCAACAAAAAACCUGAGUUAUGUGAAGAAUCUCAUGGGGAUGACUAUAAACUUGCAUCAAAAAGAAAAACAGAACUUGAUUUUGAUGGACUAAGCGAUGAUAGUACAUUAAACUCAUCAAUAAAUAAAACUAAACGACGGAGGUUCUCUGACAGUCAGGAUUUGAGUUCAAGUGAAUUUUUUCUUGAUGAUUAUCGAAACACAGCCAAAUGUAAAAGGGAAUUUGCUGUGACACUCUCAAAUAUACCUGGGGAGUGGACAUACAACAAAAUUAAACAAUAUGUUACUGAUGAGUGUGGUGUGAAUGUUAUGGGCAUGAUAGAUUCAAGAUGUCAAAAGUCUGACUACCAACUGCGGCUUAGGUUUAGUAAUAGGGAUCAGUAUAAUUUUAUUCUCAGUAAACUGAAAAAUAAAGAAGGUGAAGGCAAACUUAAUAUUCAAGUUGAAGGCGAGAGUGACUCAGAAAGUGAAGACUCUGAUGCAACAGUGUUAGUUGAGAAAAGUGAACCACCAUCAUGCAAGUCCCAGCAUAGUGAAGCUGGUGUAGAGAAUCAUCUGUAUGGUUUGAAUCCAGAGUUUCUAAAAAGUCUUAAUAUUGAACCACCAUUAGUGAAAUGGAUUAGUGUUUCAAAUUUUCGGUGUGAUAAGUCUGAACUACGGGAUCUCUUCGAAAUGGCAGGACGCGUGGUUAUUUGCGUGAUAAUAUAUUCCAUUAACAAAUGUGCGAAAAUUAUGUACAGCCAUCCGCUUGAAGCUGUUCAGGCAAUAUCUUUAUUGAAUGGUCAAAUAUUUUAUGGGCAAUCCCUUAAUGUUUCCUUAGAUCCUAUGGCAGAUUUAGCAAUACCCUUACCAAAGGGUCUCCAAAAAUUUGGCACAGGUCUUGGCCAGACUGGAAACCCCCUACGCGAUGUUGUAGCAGAAUAUGAACGUUUUGUAAAUGGUGCUCCGUCGUCUAUUAACGCGUCCUUGUUCGGAAAAUCAGUAGAAAUUCCCGUCGAUUCUGAUCGAUACUCACCUUCUAAACCUAGCGGAUCGUCAGGCCAGUUUGGUGCAAUUGGUCAAAAAAAAUUAUCAGCUUAUCAACCUACUAUUUCUAGUAACCCACUUAUUAGCCCCCGACCAUCGCAUUAUGUAUCGACCCAACCUUCUAGAUUAUUCAUGGGAAUUAGGCAUGAAAAGUCUUCAGGUAUGGUUCUCAACACCUUAGCGAAAACGUCCUUUGGUGGUAUGGAAUCGCCUACAGUUGGUCAAAUAUACAAACCUUUGUCAAUUCAAAGUGGUCCACCAAUCGUUGAGUCUAGGUGCUUAAAUUCUAACAUGCAGAACUUUCCUAUGCCUAACUACAAAUGUACAAAUGUUCCGGGUCAAUAUCAGCCCGGUCCUAAUUAUCCUGGAACUAAUUUUCAAGGUCAGUCCGGACCUAGUUUUCAAGGACAACCUGUGUCAAAUUUUCAAGUAUCGCCUAAUGGUAAAAUUGGACAGGAAAAUCCAGGACAUUUCAAUUUGCGAAAUCCUCAAAUUCCUCCGAGUUUUAGGCAUCAGGGUCCAUUUAUGCAAAAUGGGCCAAUUGAACCUAUGCCAAGAAUGUUUCCACCUAUUCAAAACACAGGACCUAAGCCGAACAACCCUUUACCUGUGCCCCCACCUGAUCAGCCCAUGGCAGCAUCGCAAUCUAGACCUUCGAAUGGCCCAGGGUUAUCUCGUGGCCCUAGAAGCUUACAACCUGUUAUGGUACUGAAGGGAAAAGAUCCCUUUACUCUUCACAUUACAAAUUUGCCAGCGCAAGUACGAUUUGCAAAUCUGUGUGGUAAAUUGUCGAAGGUUGGUCAAGUAGUAUCAUUAGAAUUUACUACACCUGGUUCUGCAUUGGUAAAAUUUAGCAACCACUUUGAGGCAGAGAGGUGUUUUCAAUAUUUCAGUCCAUCGCGGUUCGGCCACGUACUUGGAAUGGACUGAAUAUACGAACUUUAUAAUGGUAAUGUUUUUAUAAUACUUUAUUUAUAAUUUGAUCUCAUUCUCUAAAUAUAUAAGCAUUCGAUUACGAUUGGAUUCAUAAGAAAAAAUACGACGUCAGAUGAUAAAUUAUCUCAAUACAUUUUCCACUUCCACGCUUAAUAGAACACCUUGAACUCUUAAGAAAUAGUCCAAUAAUGAGAUACGGGUACAAAGUCCUCAAUUGGCCCUGAAGGAAACAUAAAGCUUACAAAACGAGUAUUUUACUUUCAAAUGAGUCUCAAAUUUGUUUAUAGCGAUAAAAAUUACGCACCUUCGUCGUUUACAUUAAUUUAUAUGUUUAAAUGCAGGAAAUUCUUCGAAAGUUGUUAGAGUUAUGCAGAAUAAAACAAUAUUAAAAUCCAUUCAGAAUUUUAAGCGGUUUGAGUCGGAGGUCUUUAAUUCAAUCUUUAGCAAAACAGUUAUUGAUUCUCAGGUUAACAUGAUUUUUCCGGAAAGGCAUCUACUUUCAUUAAACGAAAUGUGCCUUUUCGUGACCCAGUUGGGUCAUAUCUUUGAAGAAAUGUGGCCGUUUUUUGAUUCAAAAGCACAUUUUUUUUUGGUUUGGGAAAUGAGAAAUUGCGUCUAGUUCAUUCGCUGACACUUGACACGAUGCAUGUUGUUGAACAAUCACAAUGUGAAUCGCACUAUCGCUUCGACUUUCGUUUUGCAGUCCAGUUUUUAGUUUUAAUAGAAUUACAUAUAUUUUAAGAUUAAUAUGUAUUAUAAGCUAGAUAUUAGAUUAAUUAAUUUAUCUUAAUAUAAUUAAAUUAAGCCUUGUAAAUAAGUUAAAUAAGUGUGAUAUGGUAAAUUAAACUAUUACUUUUGUAAUGUUACCUUGUAAUUUAGUUUUGUAUUUAUUAUAUUUGUGUUUUAUAGAUGGAUUAAAGGAUUAAAAAAUUAACAUUACAUAUUUUAUAAUUUUUUUUAGAUUAUUCAUAAUUAAUAUUGAUAACUUAGAUUAAAACCUGUUAACACGAAUAGGCUAUUUGAAAAGAUUAAAUAAUUUUUUAAAAAUAAUUUUUAGAUUGUUAGUGAGUAUUGAAACGAAUGUAUAGUUUGUUUAAACAUUUGUUUGUUGUUUUGAAACAUGCACAAUUUAAAGACAAAUGCUUCCCAAGGCAAGAGAUAACGUCGUACGCUGCAUGUAAACAAACAUUUUUCGUUUUAAUUAUAAUUAUUAAGUUACAUACAUAUUUCGAUCUCGUAAAUCUUCAAGACAGUGUUAGGAUUAUACUAGUGAAUAGAUAUUAUAAGUAUAUGAUGUUUCGACUAAUCUGUGACCCCUUUGUGUCACGUGACUGAUGUAUAAAUAUUUUUAAUUACGGAUGUUUUGAUAAAUUUGAUAUUGUGGUGCGCGGCGGCGGGUGAGUGACGAGUCGAUCGCGUGAUUGGUAAAUCGGUUGACGUAUGUGUCCCGCGCUGCGCAAACUUUCCCCCACUCCCUUGUUUAAUGCUCAAGAACUUUGCCGGUAUCUAUACAAAAUUUCACUGUAUUUUUCGUGUACAUACGCAAAAUGCUACAACAGCAGCACAGAUAUUAAUAAACUAUUUAAUUUACUUUUGAAUACAAUUUUACUUUAGGAUUCGUGUAAUGGCUUUAUCCAAUAUAACAUCCAAUUACUCUAAUCUAAUUUAUUAUUAAAAAAAAGCAUUAAUGGAAUGGUUUUAUUGAUUAUUUAGUUUCCACGCUUUUAUUACUAGGAAUUAUAGUAAUUACUUAGAGUAAAUACUUAAAGAAGCAUACAAAAUUGUUUUUCAAUACCUCGGAAUCAAGAGUUAAUUAAUUUAGGAAAUAUAUUUAAGUUAAACUUAUUAAGUUUAAAUUAUGAUUUUAAUACGAAUUAAUGUAUUUAGUGUAUCUACUACUAACGCGCCUAAUCAGUUUAAAAUUUAGGAAUCAGGGGCAAGCAUAUUACGUAAAAUAGUAUGAAUAAUUUAAGGGUUCAAUAGAAUGUAUUGAAUUAAAAAAAUAUUUUAAGCAAUAGAGCAACUUGUAUUAAUAGAUCGAUAGAUAUUUUAUACUGCUAGAAUGUUAUCAGGUUGCUAUGUUAUUUAAUUGUAUAUUAUAUUAUGUACUAUGAAAUGCUCGCGAGUGAAGUCCUAAGUGGACACUACGUACUAUAAAUAUACUGGUAUAAGUACCUUAUCUAUUUGUUGUUCUACAGUGGUAAUCCAAUAAAGUUUUUUUAACGCA